CCCCUUCCCUUCUUUCUCCCCGCCGUCACGUGACGCGUACUGGGCCAAUCCGCGGGCCGGGCGGCGGGGCUGCCCCGGUUCCCGCCAAAUACGAGCGUCAGCGGCUGGACUGAGGAGAAGCGGCCGCGCGGGGCCCGCUCGCCCUCCCACCGACCGACCGACCUUUCCACCGGACUCCGAGCCGCCCCGGCCGGGAUCGGAAUGAUGCCGGAGGAGCCCGAGAGCCGGGAACUCAGUCCGGCCAGGAUGGCGGCCGCUGUGGAGUGCAAAGAUAAACCAGCUUUUCCAGCAAAGAAAUUAGUGCAAGCGCGUUUGCCUUUCAAGCGCCUGAAUCCUGUACCGAAGGAGAAAACCGAUCCCGGUUCAGAUGAUAAGAAAUCCAGUCCUCAGACCGCAUCUGUUCCGAAUAAAGCCUCCGGUUUAGAAACCCCGCUCGUGUCCUUCGACAACUUGGAGAAUGACUGUCGGUCGGAUGCUGCCGUGGAUUUCGCAUCAAAACUGGUGAAUGGAAAAGGUCCCCUAGAUAGCUUUGUAACCAAAAACGUGAAUAACAGUAUCGACCAAGCCGUGGUCAUCAUCGACUUGACGGAAGACUCUAACGACAGACCGGUCAGUACCGCGGACCACGGUGAACUCGAUGCUGAAGCGGUUUCAUCCAGCGAGACGAUAAACGGCCUCCCCAGCAAAGAGCGUUGGCAGCUGGGCCUGCCGAAUGCCGGUCAGAAUGGCAAGUUGCCCGUUUCAGAGGGGACCCACUCGGCACCCCGGAGCAGUGUCUCCGGAGACCCCGAGAGAGACGGUUCUGUGACAGGUUUGUCCGAAUCCCGCUCUGACGUGGCAGAGCUCCGGGGGGGGCACUCGGAGACCAAGGGGGACAGUUGGAAUGAGGUCCAGGGUGUCAUUUUUAAAGGGAAGAGGCCGGUGGUAGUCUUGCAGGAUAUCCUAACUGCUAAAUCUCCUCAAGUGACAUCUCUGGAGGAGAACACGACCACUUCGGAGAGUGAGGUGAUGGAAUCGUGUCCCGAAGAUGACUCUCGACUCAGCCCUUCCUCGCUGAGUUCUCCCUCUCCUACCAGCUCACCUGAGGGCCAGUCUGCGUCAGACAAAAAGAAGAGCGGCGAUAGUCCCUUAACGGCUGCGGCGCCCCCCCGUAAGAUCCCCAAGAAACUCAUCCCAAGUUCUGCAGAGCGGGACAAAUUGAGGCUGCAAAGAGAUCAAGAGCGCCUAGGAAAGCAGCUCAAACUCCAGGCGGAGAAAGAAGAAAAGGAGAAGCUGAAAGAAGAGGCAAAACGGGCCAGGGAAGAAGCCAAGAAGAAGAAAGAAGAAGAGAAGGAGCUGAAGGAGAAGGAAAGGCGAGAGAAGCGAGAGAAGGAUGAGAAGGAGAAGGCGGAGAAGCUGAGACUUAAAGAAGAAAAGCGCAAGGAAAGGCAGGAAGCCUUAGAGGCUAAAUUGGAAGAGAAACGCAAGAAAGAACAGGAGAAACGGUUAAAAGAGGAGGAAAAGCGCAUCAAAGCAGAGAAGGCAGAAAUCACCCGUUUUUUUCAGAAACCAAAGACUCCCGCAGCCCCCAAGACCCUCGCUGGCUCCUGUGGGAAGUUUGCCCCCUUUGAGAUCAAAGAGAACAUGGGCCUCGCUCCUCUCUGCCGGGUGGCCUUUGACCAGGAUCUCUCCGAUCAGUUAGACCAGCUUCUCCAAGAACAGAGCGACAGAUUCAGUUUCUUGAAAGACCUCAAGUGCCGGGAGCCCCAUCAUUCUGGGCCCACCUUGGUUAAUAACCGAAGCGCCGACUCGGUCAACAGCAGUGAUGUUGUGAUAGUGGAGAAUGGGAAAGUGGACGAUGUUCCCGAAAGGCGGAAACUGGGCCGGAUGAAGCUCCUGCAGUUUUCAGAGAAUCACCGGCCCGCGUACUGGGGAACAUGGAACAAGAAGACUGCAGUCAUCCAUCCUAGGAAUCCCUGGUCCAAGGAUGAGAAGCUGCUGGACUAUGAUGUGGACAGCGAUGAAGAGUGGGAGGAGGAGGAGCCCGGAGAGUCUCUGUCCCACAGUGAAGGGGAUGACGACGACGAGGGAGGAGAGGAUGAGGAUGACGACGAUGGCUUUUUUGUGCCUCACGGGUACCUGUCCGAAGAUGAAGGAGUGACAGAAGAGUGCGCUGACCCGGAGAACCAGAAGGUCCGCCAGAAGCUGAAGGCCAAGGAGUGGGACGAACUGCUGGCCAAGGGGAAGCGGCUCCGGGUCCUGCAGCCGGUGAAGAUCGGCUGUGUCUGGGAGGCUGAGUGGAGCGGCGGCAGCAGUGCAGAGCGGAAAGCACUGCAGCAUUUCGCCGCCUGCAUCCUGGACUCGGCCCUCCCCGAGGAGUGGGAACAGCUCCAGAGGAGCGGCCGGAAGGGGAGGAAAGACCGACAGAUCCUGAAGCAGUUGCUCCCUCUCUUACACGGGAACGUCAACGGAAGCAAAGUGAUCAUCCACGAAUUCCAGGAAUGCUGCCGGCAGGGAUUGUUCAGCCGAGGGAGCGGUGGCCCCGACAGCGACGCCGCCGUCAGCCCCGCCAGCCCCGGCCCCUCUCGGCCUCAGACUCCCACCACACCUGCCGAGGACAUAGCCAUCCCCUCCAAAGCGAUCCUCAAGCGGAUUAUUUCCGAGAACUCUGUGUACGAGAAGAGGCCCGAUUUCAGGAUGUGCUGGUAUGUCCAUUUGGAGGUGCUGAGGAGUUUUGACCAAGAAGACCUCCCGGUGCCCUGCCAGUGGAAUUACCUGACCCCGGUCCCCUCGGCGACCAGAGAGGACCCCGCUGCCCCGGGCCCGGGGGCCGCCCAGACCCCUCCGGUGUCGGGCAAGAGGAAGUCCACGGGCAGCAUGUCCAUCACCCGGUUCAUGAAGAAGCGGAGGAACGCGGAGAAGGUGGGCACCGUGGAGGCGGACGGCUUUCAGGCAGACACGGAGGAGGAAGAGGAGGAGGAGGAAGAGGAAGAGGAGGAGGAGGAUGCUGUCGAUUGCGUGAUGGUGGAUGUGGCAGUCAUCCAAGAUUCCAAAUCUACAUCCAAAAUGGCUCCAGCAUCGGACGGGGCAAUGGAGACCGGGUCCAGCGGGACCCCCCCCGCCCUCAGCCCAACAACCUCCGUGCAAAACUGAACCCUGCUCGCCGUUCCCCAUCUCCUCCUCACCCCACCUCGCGUCUCCACGUAGAACUCCCUUAGCUAUCUCAGCUGGUAUUAAGAUACGUGACCAUAUUCUCCCCUUCUUUUGUAAAGAGAAGACAGCACUUUCUUCUGCUUCACUGAUCUCUCGGAUGUGUGAAAAACUUAUAGGAUGCCUGGUAGAUGCUCCUUUUUAAUGAUUAUUUUAACCACCCCCUGCCCGUAAUCUGUCGUAAAGUUAAAAAAAAAAAAAGCAUUACCGGAACUGGGUUGGUCGGGGCAGUAAAGGCACUGCGAACGUCCAGCCGGCUGCCAGGGCAGCAUUAUGCUUCUGUAAGACGGUGGAAAUGUAUAAACGCUUAUUUUCUGGAAUUUCCUUCCCCUCCCCCGUCUGCUGGGGUUGAGGGCAGUUACGGGGGAGGGCAGCUGCCUUGCCAGGAGCCGGCUGGAGAAUGAGUUGGGUUUUUUUCUCCGGCAGGAGGGCGGCGGGCGACGAGUGGUGACUGGGAUUUGCAAAUCAGCAUCUCCCUCCCUCGUGUCCAGCGGGAGGGCAGCUGGCUGGACUAAGCCCUGGGCGCUGCCGUCGGCUUCUAUCUGAUGUAGCCUUUGGGCCGGUGCUCACUGUGAGUGCUGAGGUCCAGCACUGUAGGGAAGUUUCCUUCAGCCACGGUUGAUGCCGCCUCCGGCUGUAGGCUCUCCCCUUCCUGGUCCCUAACCCCACAGCUCGCCGCCUCCACCUCGGGCCCCACUGGGCAUGCUGGUUCCUGGAAUGACCUGCCAGAGCCUCGGGUUUCCACACCUCCCCCUUCAACGGCAGGGUGCGUGGACAAGAUACCACCACGCUGUUGACUGGAGAUUGUUCCCCACCCCCUGGACUUUGGCCCGGGUGGGGGUGGGGAACGCACCCUCCACUCUACCCGAGGUGGAGGUUGGGGUCCCCGCUGCCUCAGGCCUGCAGGUGCGAGGCCCCCCCCGCACCCCCCUCCCAGCCCCGUGGCCAGAGGCUUUGCCAUGACCGUGUGGGGGCCUGGCCUGUCUGUUGGACUCAUCUUCUCUAGUCCCCCCGGCGCCACCAAGAUCACAACCGGGGGGGCGUGUAUUGAUGUUGUUUAAUCACCUAAAACCCUUUCCUGCCCCUUCCCUCUGGCUGUAGGUGUUUUAACGGAAACUUAAGUAGGAAAGAAGGUAGAAAAAGCCCUUGGCCACCCUCUCGCUCUUCACCGGCAGAGACCUGGUACUCCAGGCGCGGACACCCUCUGGACGCAAGGCCGACGGGGGGUUUGAUUUACUCCGUCUACCCUAGCGGGCCCCUUCUUUGCCCCCCAUUAAGCUGGACAAGCCCCCGAGAGGGGAGAGGAGGAGACUCCCCUUCCUUCCCCUCCUCGGCCCCUGCCACGUCAAGUCUAAUUCACGAGAGGUUCUCUGCACUGGAGAGGAGUUCCGGUUUCAGCAGCCCUGGACUCUGCUCGGCUCCAGCAGCUUGGACAUCUGCUAGGAUAGCCGCGUCCCAGGCAAAGGUCAGCAGGGCAGAGGGGACCUGUAACGGAGGUGGUGACAGGUCAGGCCAGGCCGGCUCGGAGCAGAAGGGCGGAUCGGGCCGCACCUCUAUCUUUCCCUCUCUGUGUCUGUCUGUCUGUCUGUCUCUCCCCGACCCCCACGCUUCCCGGCCUACCAGUCCGCACUCAUUGAAGGCCAAGUUCUCGUCCGUUAGCUUCUGCCUGCCGGAAGGGAGCAGCUCGAAGGGCAGCCAGUCGCUCUGCAGAGCCUCCCGCACGAAGGCGUAGAGGGUGGAUACCCGCUCCCGUGCGUAGAAGGUCCCUGGUAGGAGACGGGGAAGGGGGGUGGCAGGGGCUGGGCCGUCAGAGCCGUCCCCCACCGCCUCCUUCCGCCCUCCCCUUCCGCCACGGUCGGUCAAACGAGAGGAGCUCAGGCCCCGGGGCUGGAGUAGAGAAUCGGGCUGGGACCCCCACGUCCCCGUCUCGGCUCUAGCAGGCCCGAGGCACUCACCCUGCAGGAUGUAGCCGUCGGGGAAGCGGACCCGCAGAAGGGUGUACACGUAUUUCUUCAUCUCUCUCUGCUCUUCUUUUUCCCGCAUGGCUUUGGUCCGCAGUACCGCCAGCCUCUCCAAGGCUUCGGUCCUGAAGCCGGGAAAGGAAGGGGGAAGGCGGGGAGGCUGAGGGGCCGGACCCCCACCCCACCUCGGGCCUUUCCCCCACUGCCCGAGGCGGCCGCCCACCCACCUGAGCUGCUGCUCCCGCUUGAGCUCCGCGGCCGUGAGGUGGUAGAAGUCCUCGGGCAGGUCGAAGUGAGUGGCCAGAGGGGACGGUCUCAGGACCCGCCGCUGGCGGUCCAGCUGGGCCCGAAGCGGCUCGCCGUGCAACAACUGCUCCUUGUGACCCUCCAAGGCCUCCACGUGGGCCAGGGCAUCUGGGCCCAGCACAUAGAAUUCCUCCAUGGUGUCAUCUGCAGGGCCCAGUACUUUGGUCACCCUUCUCCUUGCCACCCAGCGUCCACACACGCGCGCCUCCCCCCCUUCUUCCGGCCCCUUGCCUUCGUCCGAGACGGGCAGCGUGGUCUUCUCAAAGCCGACUGCCUGGAAGAAGUCAUUCGUGCCCUCCAGGCAGCUGAUUCGGUCCUGCAAGACAGGGGGGCUUGGGACCAGCCUGACUGCUGCCCUUGAAGCUUAGCGGCUUAACGGGUGGGGUCGUUAAUGGAUUUGUCCAUUUAUCGGAAGGAGUGGCGAAUGGGGGAUUAAAAAAAAAAUCAGUUACGGAUAGCAGAUCAGUCCGUGAGUGCUGAGAUGGUGGCAAAACAGUGAAGGUAAUAAUCGAUCAAGGAAGCGUCCAGGGGAAGGUGAUUGUGUGGGCUCCCCCCAUCAAUCCUCAAGUCUUGUCCCCCAGAAGUGGGGGGGGGGGGCGCCUCCCCUCCCCUAUCCCCCCCAUAACUUUUAAUAUUGAGAACUGGUAAGAAGCAUAACUCUUCCUUCCCACCAGAGCUGGACUGUUGUUUCUCUUGUUACUGGUUUCUAAUGAAUUUGCCUGUAUUUCUUUA